UUUCUCUCUCUCCCCCCCCCCCUCCCGACUGAAACUCUUCGGCCGCGACUAUCGUCUCACGGCGGUGACAUUCGGCGUCGCGACGGUGACUGUCGGCCUCGUGGAGCUCUGUCGUAUCUCCGAAUAUCAGCUUCGUCUCUCCUUCAAUCGAAGAUCGAAAUCGUAAUUCUAAAUAUAUCCAGAAAGGUAGAAACCCUAUCGUCGAAGAGUCCUCGCUGUCAAAAAUGGCUUCCGGGAAGGAUUCGGACCCAACCCUUGGGUAUUUAACCCGCAGGGACACGGAAGUUAAGCUUCCGAGGCCGACUCGUGUGAAGAACAAGACGCCGGCGCCGGUGCAGAUCACCGCCGAGCAGAUUCUCCGGGAAGCUCGUGAGAGGCAAGAGGCUGAAAUCCGGCCUCCAAAACAGAAGAUAACAGACACGACGGAGCUGGCCGACUAUCGCCUCCGCCGUAGAAAAGAGUUUGAGGACCAGAUCCGACGCGCUCGGUGGAACAUUGGAAUCUGGGUGAAGUACGCCCAGUGGGAGGAGUCGCAGAAGGAUUACGCGCGUGCACGGAGCGUGUGGGAACGCGCUCUGGAAGUCGAUUACAGGAACCACACGUUAUGGCUCAAGUACGCCGAGUUCGAGAUGAAGAACAAGUUCGUCAACAGUGCUCGGAAUGUAUGGGACCGCGCCGUCACGCUCCUCCCACGCGUGGACCAGCUCUGGUACAAGUACAUCCAUAUGGAGGAAAUAUUGGGGAAUGUCGCCGGAGCUCGGCAAAUCUUUGAGCGUUGGAUGGAUUGGGCGCCGGACCUACAAGGCUGGCACUCAUAUAUCAAAUUUGAACUCAGGUACAAUGAGGUGGAUCGAGCUCGAUCGAUAUUUGAGAGAUUUGUCAAAUGUCAUCCCAAGGUCAAUGCGUACAUUCGAUAUGCAAAGUUCGAGAUGAAGAACGGCGAGGUGGCGCGUGCAAGGAAUGUGUACGAACGCGCCACCGAGAAGCUCGCAGAUGACGAAGAAGCUGAGCAGCUCUUCGUGGCAUUUGCCGAGUUUGAGGAACGGUGCAAGGAAGUAGAACGGGCUAGGUUCAUAUAUAAGUUUGCACUUGAUCAUAUUCCCAAAGGAAGGGCUGAGGAUUUGUAUAGGAAGUUUGUGGCGUUUGAGAAACAGUACGGAGAUAAGGAAGGGAUCGAAGACGCGAUUGUUGGGAAGAGGAGGUUUCAAUAUGAGGAUGAGGUGAGGAAGAACCCUUUGAAUUAUGAUUCAUGGUUCGACUAUAUUAGAUUAGAGGAGAGCGUGGCCAACAGAGAUCGAGUCAGAGAAGUCUAUGAAAGGGCCAUUGCAAAUGUUCCGCCUGCCCAGGAGAAACGUUACUGGCAGAGAUACAUUUACCUCUGGAUUAAUUAUGCGUUAUGUGAGGAAAUUGAAGCGGAAGAUGUCGAGCGAACACGAGAUGUUUACAGAGAGUGUCUGAACCUUAUACCGCAUCAGAAAUUUUCCUUUGCCAAAAUAUGGUUGCUUGCCGCUCAGUUUGAGAUCCGGCAAUUGAAUCUCAAGGGUGCUCGGCAGAUAUUAGGCAAUGCCAUUGGAAAAGCCCCAAAAGAUAAGAUAUUCAAAAAGUACAUUGAGAUCGAACUCCAGCUGGGAAACAUAGAUAGGUGCAGAAGAUUGUACGAGCGGUAUUUGGAGUGGUCCCCGGAGAAUUGCUAUGCAUGGAGCAAAUACGCUGAGUUAGAGAGAUCUCUUGCUGAAACUGAGCGGGCUAGGGCUAUUUUUGAGCUUGCAAUAUCACAGCCAGCUUUGGACAUGCCUGAGCUGCUAUGGAAGGCAUAUAUCGAUUUUGAGAUAUCAGAAGGUGAAACCGGGAGGACAAGAGCUCUAUACGAGAGACUCCUCGACCGUACCAAGCAUUACAAGGUAUGGGUCAGCUAUGCGAAGUUUGAAGCCUCUUCUUUUGAUCAAGACACGAUGGUAUCUGACCAAGAACAACUCCAACAUAAAUCGGAUUGCAUCCAACGUGCUAGAGGGGUUUUCGAGAGGGCGAACAUGUAUUUCAAGGACUCGGCGCCUGAACUGAAGGAAGAAAGAGCAACACUGUUGGAGGACUGGUUGAACAUGGAGUCCAGCUUCGGUGAGAUGGGUGACGUGAGCGUGGUUCAACCCAAGCUUCCCAAGAAGCUCAAGAAGAGGAAGCCCAUUACCAGAGAAGACGGUUCCACUGAGUACGAGGAAUACAUCGACUACUUGUUCCCCGAAGAAUCUCAGACGACGAAUCUCAAGAUUCUGGAGGCUGCUUAUAGAUGGAAGAAACAGAAGGUUUCCGAGGAUGAUUUUUAGACUUUUUGGUUUCCAAUUGCAACUGUCUAUUUUAUCUUGUAAUUUUUUAUCAUUUGGUACGUGUUUUCACUAAUUGUGUGUUUUUAGCAAAUAUUUUUGUCGCUCUCUCAAGGAGGAGUCGUUAUUACGAAAAUACCAUUUUGGCUAUUGUGAAAUAUGUGAUGCAA